AUGCCUCUCGCCGCCGUCGGACAGAUGCGUUCAAUGGCCUCCAUGGCCGAGAACCUCAAGCAAGCCCAAGAACUCUGCCAAAAAGCCCACAAGGCAGGCGCAGCCGCCCUCUUCCUCCCUGAAGCAGCAGACUACCUAACCACAUCUGGCGGACUCAAGCUCUGCAAAUCUGUCCAAGAUUCCGAAUUCGUACUCGGGCUCCAAGAAUCCGCAAAACAAUACUCCCUACCCAUAUCUGUCGGCAUCCACGAGCCAACAGACGAUGGAAAGAAAGUCAAAAACACCCUAAUCUGGAUCACUUCUGAUGGCGAGAUCAAAUACCGCUACCAAAAACUCCACCUCUUCGACAUGGACGUCAAAGACGGCCCUCAAAUGCAAGAGUCUGCGGGAGUAGAACGCGGCGUACAUCUAGGCGAUCCAUUCGACAGUCCCAUAGGCAAACUCGGCAUGCAAAUCUGCUUCGACCUGCGCUUCCCAGAACCUGGUCUCGCUCUACGCUCGCGGGGCGCACAAGUCCUUCUCUACCCCGCUGCAUUUACCACUCCCACGGGCAAAGCAGGACAUUGGGAGAUUCUCAUCAGAGCCCGUGCGAUUGAGACGCAGAGCUACAUCAUUGCAGCUGCGCAGGUGGGUGUGCAUGAUGAAGAGGGCAAGAGGCGCAGCUGGGGACACAGUAUGAUUGUGGAUCCGUGGGGGAAGAUUGUUGCAGAGCUAGGGGGUGAUGAGGGCGAGGGAGGCAGUUGGAAGGAUGAGGGUGAGAUUGCGACGGCUAAGAUUGAUCUUGAUUUUGUGAACCAGUUACGCAAGGACUCGCCCUUGAACAGGAGAACGGAUGUUUAUGCAGCGCUUUGA